CUUCUGCAAACCCAGCAUCUAUCCGGUUAAACUUGUCCAUUGUGCCGCAGAAUCCUGCAUCGGUCAUCGUAUUGUUUCCAUGCAGUCUCUGUAGCAUCUGAUGUUUUCGUGCCUUACUGCAUUCCGAUUGUGACCGGUUUUGCUUCUUUUCUUCUGAAUUCUUCCUCAUCACGCUCGUUCGCCAUCCUCAGUCGUCGUAUUCAACAACCACCCGUUGAUCCCUCCUCAUUCUCCCGACAAUGCCGUAUAUUUCCUCCCCCGAUGGCGGGUCAGUGAGCCCGAUCUCGCAGCUUCCGACCAGUGCACCCUCUUCUCCGCCUCCGCAGUCCCCUACGCGCCCAGCCAAGGACGCGUCCAAGAUGAGCUACACCAAGAUGAGGGAGGAGCAGGUGCUCGCCGCCGAAGAGGAGAAGGCGCGCAAAGAAAACCUCAAAGCCGAGGAGAGGCGCAGGAAGAAAUGGAAGAAGCGGGUGCUCAGCAAGGAGGAGCGCGAAGCCAAGGCCAAAGAUCUAGACCGCCUCCUCGCCCAGAGCGCGGCAUUCAGCAGCAUUCUGACCAACAAGACGAAGGUCCUGGGUCGCGUCGGCACCAGUCUGGAUGGCAAGGCGCUUGGCGAGCAUGACCUGACCAUGGCGAAGCAGCCCAAGUGCCUCGUCGGCGGCACUAUGCGGGACUACCAGCUCGAGGGCCUUACAUGGAUGUACGAGAUUUGCAUCCAGGGCAUGAGCGGGAUUCUGGCCGACGAAAUGGGAUUGGGUAAAACCGUGCAGACGAUUUCUCUGAUUGCGCUACUUCGAGAACAGGAGAACUACCUCGGCCCCCAUCUCAUCGUCGCCCCGUUGAGCACCCUAUCCAAUUGGCUAGACGAAUUCCACCAAUGGGUUCCCUCGAUACCAGUCGUCAUGUACCACGGGACACCCCAGCAGCGCAAUGAGAUCUUCAAGACCAAGAUCAUGCGUCACAUCCACGGUGGAAGGCCGACGGAGAAGUUUCCCGUUGUUUGCACCAGCUACGAGAUGGUCCUCAAGGACCGCGCCGCCCUUUCCAAGAUCAACUGGGAGUUCAUCAUCAUCGACGAGGGACACCGCAUGAAGAACUUUGACUCAAAGCUGUUCCGCGAACUCAAGUCCUUCACGUCGGCCACCCGUCUCCUCAUCACGGGCACUCCCCUACAGAACAAUCUCAAGGAGCUGUGGUCGCUGCUCAACUUUCUGCUCCCCAAGAUCUUCCGCGAUUGGGAGGCGUUCGAGAGCUGGUUCGACUUCAGCGACUUGGAGGACGAAGAGGGCACUGAAGAGUUCAUCGCUGACAAGACCAAGCAAGAGCUCGUCAAGAAGAUGCAUAUUGUGCUACAACCCCUGCUGCUGCGCAGGGUAAAGGCCGAUGUCGCCAAGUACCUGCCCAAGAAGCGUGAGUACGUCUUGUACGCACCUAUGACCAAGGAGCAGACGGACCUAUACAAUGUCAUCAACGAUAAGAACAUUGAUACGCGAGCGUACUUGGAACACAAGGUUGUCGAGCGUCUGACGGCGGCCACGAACAGCAAGGCAUCGUCGCCGACCCUCAGCCCUCGCUCCACGAGAUCGAGCAGCGUCAAGCGGGAACCAGAGGCAGAGAGCGAAUCGGUGACAACGAGGAGUAAACCGGCCGCCGCGAAGCCGAAGGACGUCAUCCCGCCAGCCAAGAAUGCGUUCAGCCUCAUGAUGGGCAAAGCACGCCCUCAAGGCCGGCCGCCGAAAGCCUCUCCUCCAAAUCAGCAAGCACCUGCGGAGCCAUCUCCGAAACAGACAAGGAGAGCGGCCAAGAGAAAGAGCCCGCCUGAAGCCGAGUCUCCAGCGCCAAAGAGCGCCAAGUCGAGCAGGCAGUCCACCCCGCAAAGCACCCGAGGCCGCUCACGGAAGACCAGGCAGUCGUACAAGGAGGAUGACUCGGACGACGACCUGCUAGAUGACGACGAAUUUGAGGCGAAACUUGCUAAGAAGUUGGCCGACGAAGACGCCGAGGCGGCCGAGGUGGCCGAGGAGGUUCUCGACGAAGAGGAAUUUGAGCGAGCGCACACUCUUGAAAUCGCGAAACGAGAAAUUGCAAACAAGAAGCUGGGAAACCCACUCCUCCAGCUCCGGCUGGUCUGCAACAGUCCGCAUAACUUCUACAACCCUUGGGCGAGUGAUAGCGGGGUGCCAAUUGACGAGAGCAUUGUUACAGCGUCCGGCAAGAUGCUCCUCCUCGACCGCCUCCUUCCCGCCCUUUUCGAGCGCGGCCACAAGGUUCUCAUCUUUUCGCAGUUCAAGACUCAGCUUGACAUUCUCGAAGACUACUGCGCCGAGCUCCGCAAGUGGCGCGUCUGCCGCAUCGACGGCGGAGUCGCGCAAGAGGACCGGCGAGCCCAGAUCCGCGAGUUCAACACGGACCCGGACAUUAAGAUCUUCCUGCUGUCCACCCGCGCGGGUGGGCAGGGCAUCAAUCUCGCCAGCGCCGACACCGUCAUACUCUUUGAUAGCGACUGGAACCCGCAGCAGGACCUGCAGGCGCAGGACAGGGCGCACCGGAUCGGCCAGACGCGGCCCGUCAUUGUGUACCGGCUCGCCACGAAGGGGACGGUGGAGGAGGAGCUGUUGAUGAGCGCGGACGCCAAGCGCAGGCUGGAGAAGCUCGUCAUCAAGAAGGGCGGGUUCAGGACGAUGGGGCAGAAGAUCGAUAUGCGGGAGGACCUAGACCGAGAGACGCUCAAGGCGCUGUUGCUCAAGGACGGGCAGGUGUACAACCUCUCCGGGGGCGAACAGGUGUUGAGCGAUGAAGACUUGAAGGUGCUGUGUGACAGAAGCGACGAGGCCUACGAGAGGGCUGCCGUGGGACAAGGGAACGCGGCCGGGUACACGGUGAUUGAGACGGGGGCGCACGGGAUCCGGACGGCCGGGGCCGCAUAAUGGGGGCUUACGUGGAUGACCCGCUCACUCA